UGAAAACCGAGGAGAACGCCUCUUUUAGUAGAAUUCUCCAAUAGUCAAAACAAUUAUUAAUCACGUGGCGUUAAAAAGAAUCACGUGGCCCUUUCUCACGUCGCCCUCAUGUGAUAGAUGAAGUGAAAAAUGAUCUUGUAUUGAUACAUGUUUUGCAGCUCUGUGAUAUUCGGGGGUUUCUGGGAAAGGUUACAAGAUCAGCAAAUCAGCAUUAUUUUUCAGCAUACUCCAAAUAAAAGUAGAUUUAGCUGAAUCACUUUGUCUACUUUUGAAUAAAUACAGGUUGCCUUAUAUAGCUGUACCUCUGAGAUGGAAGAAAUAAUUUUGAAACACGCCCCGAGUUGCUGGACAAAGUCAACGAUUGUUGGCCAGUAUGAAUUAUCGGCAAAUGAGUUGAACGAUAUUUCAGCAGAAGUGAAAAGGGCGAUAAGAUCAACUCAUUUGAAAAUAAGUUCGAUCAAGCGAUACCAAAAUGUAUAUGAUUAUGGUCAAGUCCUCAUUCGCGAGCAGUUACUGACUGUAAUAAAUCCAGGCAUACAGUAUUAUAGGGUUCGCCGUUUUUUUGUUUUGGCGAAACAUCGUCUAACUGCAGGCUUGGAUUACAAUUUGGAUUAUAGAAGAAUCGGUAGAUGUUCUGAAUUAACAUUCAGAAAAGAAGUUGCGCCAUCUGAUUCUAGUGAAGUGUUAAUUGUUGUUCAGAUUAUCACUGAUAACUUGAACUUAUCCUCAAUACAACCAAAAAAUAAUGCUGAUUAUUUCAUAGAUUAUAUUGUUGAAUUUCAAGAUUAAAUUAUAUAAGACAUGUUAUAACUAUAUCCUCACACAAAAUGUAUUUUAAUUUUCUUAGUGCUAAAGUGCAAAAUUAUAAAUAAAUGGUAAUCUCUGACAGUCAGUUGAUUGUAUGAGGUAUAAAUAUUACUAUACUUACACAAUGUAUUUUUAUUUUAGUAGCCAUCUUGGCAGUGAGGAUAUUUUUAUAUAUUAUGCAAAAUAGCAUUUUAUUAUUUGUUUUUUAUAUUAAUUUAUAACAUUUGUACUGUCAACAAAUUAUUAAGUUUUUAAUGUUAAGUUAACAACAUACGUAGGGUCAUCUUAUAUUUAGCCAUCAAUGUUAACAUUAUUGCA